AUGACGCUUAAAUCAUACAUCCGUAAUCGAAGUCAUCUUGAAGGUUCAAUUGCACAGAGAUACUUGGUCGAAGAAUGUAUAACAUUUUGCUCAAGGUACUUGCAUGAUGUUGAGUCGAAAUUGCAUCGACUGUUAAGGAAUUGCGAUGUUAGUGACAAUCCUGAGAUAUUAAUGGGGCAGGCUUUAGGAAAAGGAAAAGGGUUUGUUCUUGAUAACACAACAUGGGUACAGGCUCAUCGCUCUGACCAUUCUUCUGGUGAAAGUGAGCAAUCAAGCUCUAGUAGUUCUAGUUCAGAUGAGACUCAGACCACACUCAAGAUGAAAGUCAUACCUGAUCCACCGGCAUCAUGGCAUCUACCAGGCAAUCUUCCUACCACAUCACGUAGCGGUAGUACAUCACAUGGCUCUGUUUCAGCCGGCAUUGAAGAUGGCAUUUUAAAAGUUGUUCCAAAUGAGUUGAAUCAAGUAGUUGAAGGACACACAUCCCUUGCUUCACAUUUGGGCGUUUUGGCACAAGAUGGGAGUCUUGCACCACUCACUUUUACGACUUGGCAUUAUGUUCCAAAACAAAACAAAGAUAACAUAUGGAGGGAGAUAAAGGCUCAUACGGAUGCAGAUGAAUCCAUGAAGAGAACAAUAAUGGCUUCAUUUGGAAAGAAAUGGAGAGAUUGGAAAAGUCGAGUGAAAACAAUGGGAUACAAACCUUUCAAGAAUGAUACAGAAAGGUUGGCUCAUCGACCAGAUAGAGUACAUGAGGAUCAGUGGCGGGCUUUGGUCUACUAUUGGGGCACUCAGAGUGCAUCGAAAUCAAGCAAGAAGAAUAGAAAAAUCUGGAAGAAGAAGACAUUACAUCAUAGAACAGGUCGAAAGCCUUUCUCAGUAGUUCGACUGGAGGAGACAAAAAAGAACAAUGGGGUUCCUGCUAGUCGGUCACAGGUGUGGAUGGCCGCAUACAUGAAAGAUGGGACGUCAAAUAGUGAUUCAGUUAAUGAGGUUAUGACUCAAAUGAAUGAGUUAGCAGAGCACAUGGAGGGAUCUUCUACUGACCCUGCAGCAUUACAGGAGCAAAUCUUCACACAAGUUAUGGGCCCAGAGCGACCUGGCCAUGUUCGGACGUUUGGAUUGGGACCGUCACCCACUGAUGGUUUUGGAGGUGGAUAUAGGCGGUCACAAGAGCAGAAUCGUCUCUUCCAAACUCAAGUUCAAGAGCAACUUUAA